AAACCAUUCAAAGUCGACCAAUAUCGCAUCACCUUUCUUAAUUAGAAAGAGUUCUUUUGAAGAGGAUUAUAAUCAGCAACCAUCAGCAUCAACUGCGAUUAAUACCUCAUCUUUAAUUGGCCUAUUUAAGAAUGAUCUUGAAGUUUGCAUGUAUCUAGUACAGCACCCACAACUUGUUGAAUUAGCAUUGAAUAUGAUGAAAGCGGGUGGUGGCCAGGAAUUCAUUACUCAGGGAAAGGCGGCAGAUAAAUUUAAUGCACUUUCUGAAAAG